AGGGAGAGAGCGACUGAAUGAGUGGGGCUUUAGAGCGAGAUUAGAGUGUGUGUGUGUCUGUGCGUGUGAGUGUGUCUGUGUGUCUAAGAGAGAGAGGGAGAGAGUGGGAGAGGCCAUUCCCAAGAGGUUUGGUCUAAUUCCCAGUGGUAGAAGUUCUUUGCAUAGCAGAACCAGUAACAGACUGCUUUGUCUGAGUAACUUACUCUUCUGUAUUCUCAACAGCAGGUCACUGCAGACGGACGGAAAAAAACGUAAGGUUGUUUUGGGACCCAAAGUACCAGAAAGGUGAGGGGUGUGUGUGACACAUUGUGUGUUUGUGUGUGUGUUUGUGUGUGUGUGUGUGUGAUAGAGUACAAGGAUGACCAGGAGGUCAGUCAUUGGUGAGGGGACUGGGGUGAACAACACCCCCCAAAAUGGGGGACACCCGGGGGAUACCCCUGCCCCAAAAGAGGAGCCUGAUGCUCCCAACGGAAAGGUAGACUUGAGGAAGAAGGUGACCCUGCUUCGGGGAAUCUCCAUCAUCAUCGGGACCAUCAUCGGAGCAGGAAUCUUCAUCUCGCCCAAGGGAAUCCUGAAGAACUCUGGGAGUGUUGGAAUGUCUCUGGUGGUGUGGAUUGCCUGCGGAGUGCUGUCCCUGUUCGGGGCCCUGUCCUACGCAGAGCUGGGAACCAGCAUCCAGAAGUCUGGGGGACAUUAUACCUAUAUCCUGGAGGCCUUUGGACCACAGAUGGCCUUCAUACGCCUCUGGGCUGACCUCAUCGCCAUCAGACCUGCAGGGUUGGCAGUGAUAUCCCUGGCCUUCGGACAAUAUAUCCUGGAACCCAUAUUCAUGCCGUGUGGAGUGCCCGAGAUUGCUAUCAAACUGGCCACCUCUAUAGGAAUAACAUCAGUGAUGUAUCUCAACAGUAUGAGUACGAGCUGGACAAACAGGAUUCAGAUCUUCCUCACCUUUAGCAAGCUGCUGGCCAUCGCCAUCAUUAUUGUACCUGGCCUCUAUAUGCUCUUCAAAGGGGAGACUAAGAACUUUGAGAAUGCAUUUGAGGUCAGUAAUAUCAAGCUCACAGGCCUUCCUCUGGCUUUUUACUCUGGGAUGUACGCCUAUGCUGGGUGGUUUUAUCUGAACUUUGUGACUGAGGAAGUAGAGAAUCCAGAAAAGACUGUCCCAUUGGCCAUCUGUAUCUCCAUGGCGAUAGUCACCUUCUGCUACGUGUUGACUAACGUGGCAUACUACACUGUGAUGUCAGCAGAGGAGCUGUUGGCAUCGCAAGCCGUCGCCGUGACGUUUGCAGGGAAGAUGAUGGGGAACUUUUCGGUGGCGGUGCCGGUAUUUGUAGCCUUGUCGUGCUUUGGUUCGAUGAAUGGCUGCUUGUUCGCUUUCUCAAGAAUGUUCUACGUGGCAUCACGCGAGGGCCAUCUCCCUGAGGUUCUGUCCAUGAUCCACGUCCGCAGACACACUCCUUUGGCAGCCGUCCUCGUUCUGUACCCUAUGACAGUGUUCCAGCUGUUUGUGGGAGAUAUCUACAGUCUGUUGAACUUCAUGAGCUUCCUCCGCUGGCUCUUCAUUGGCGUGGCUGUGCUGGGCCUCAUCUACAUGAGAUACACACGCCCUGACAUGCCACGCCCUUUCAAGGUUCCUCUUUUCAUUCCAGCCGUUUUCUCCUUCACCUGUUUCUUCAUGGUGUUCCUCUCUCUCUACUCCGACCCCGUCAACACAGGGAUAGGAUUCGCCAUCUCCCUGACAGGAAUCCCAGCCUACUAUAUUUUCAUUGUGUUUGACCGCAGACCCAAGUGGCUACAGGAUGGUUUAGAUUCCUUGAACAGAUCUGUCCAGAUCAUCCUGGAGGUGAUCCCAGCGGAACACUGACACUCCUUCACACCAUAUUCCCAUGGCCUCUAUUGCACCGUUUCAUAGAAUAAAUGAUUAUGACUCUCCCA